AUUUUAUGAACGUUCAAUGUCAGCCAGUUACGCCUGCAUCACUUCCUGGUUGCACUACGGAUGGACGGAAAGGACAAAAAUCCCCAAGGCGUUUUAUAUAUUCGUGUUUUUCAGUAGCAGGAACGUUUCACGCCAUAGCCAAGCAACACCGAGGGAAUUAUUUUGAAGACGGACAAAAAUGGAGGCGCUGAGCAGUAAACACACAUGUUCCGAAACAGCCGAGGAGAAAGAGGAUCCUGGAGCAGCUCCAUACGGAAACUUUAUAAAUUACUACACAUUUAAUCCGCCAGAGAAUCGUCUGAGUUUGAUCCCGAUCACGCUGCUGGAGGAUGUGGGACAUCAGCCGGACACAGAGGCGGUGCUGCUGCUCGAUGUGGGCUGCAACUCCGGGGACUUAUCUAUUGCACUGUACAAGCAUUUUCUUCAAGAUCAGCCACCUGGAAGUGAUUCUUCCAAAAGGAUUCACCUACUUGGAUUUGACCUGGACCAGGACUUAAUCGUACGGGCUCAAAACUCUAACCCAUUCCCCCAAAACGUUCAGUUCAUUCCCCUUGAUAUCACCGGUGAGGAGAGCCGCACCGAACUCGCUUCCUAUCUGGAGAAGUUUGGACGCAGUCGCUUUCACCUGUGUUCCUGUUUUGCCGUGACGAUGUGGGUUCACCUGAACCACGGAGAUGCUGCCUUGUUAGCUUUCCUCUCGCGGCUCGCUUCUGUCUGCGAGUGCUUGUUACUGGAGGCCCAGCCGUGGAAAUGUUACCGCUCGGCUGCACGGCGCUUACGAAAACUCGGACGCAGCGACUUCGAACACUUUAAGACUCUGGAGAUCCGUGGCGAUAUGGCAGCUCACGCUAAAGAGCAUUUAGAAAAGCAGUGUGGAAUGGAGCUGGUUCGGAGUUUCGGUAGUACAUCGUGGGACCGGAGCCUUUUGUUAUUCAAGAGACGAUCAUGCAGCGACCAGGAAAGAAAGCAAUAGGGGUUGAUUUGAUUAGCCUAUAACCUAUUAUAUUAUGUCAUAUCAUAACCUACUAUUGUUUCAAGACAACAUUUUUUUAAAGAGUCAUUGUAGAGUACUUUUAAAUGAAACGUUACAAAGUAAAGGAAUUGCACUUACUCUGUUGUGGACGGUCUCACAUGAACAAUUCCCAAAACCUGUUUAUACCUUCACCCUUGCUCCAGUGGGCAAUCUCACCUCACUAAUACUAUAGGCUUGUAAUCAUAAAUACUGUCCUGUGCUCAUCCCAUGACUCUUAUGCACAAUCUGUUCAUCCUGAACAUCCUCAAAAUACACUUACUACUGUUUGACAUUAUAGUAUACAGUAUAGUAAUCCUACUAUCCGGUGUCACCCAGAAGAGCCUGCGCUCCCUUUUGAGUCUUAAGGUUUUUUCCUAAUAUCUACUCAGGGAGUUUUUCCUUGCCACUGUAACCUCUGUCUUUAAAUCCUGAGGGAUUUAAAUCUACAUCAGGGUUUCUGUACAGCUGUUGUGAACAUGUCUACGCUAAUAAAAGUGCUUUACAAAUAAAACUGAAUUGAAUUACCUCUUGACACAUUGAACUUUAGUGAAGUCUGGUAACUCGGUGGUUCUCACCUCCAAGGAUCUGUGAAGCAUCCAAACAUCAACCUCAACUCUGAGGUUAUAAAUAAAUAUAUACAGUGUCAUUUCAGUAAUGGCUAAACAGUUGAGGUCAUAAGUUUACAUACACCCUCAGUUAUCCUCACUGUGAAAAGAUGGCUCUGAACAUCCUAUAGUCACUUUUGGAAAGAGAUCAAAGAUGCUGGAAAAGCAAAGAAUGUCCAACAGGGGGCAGUUUAACUGCUCGGGACAAACAAGGGACUCAUGAACAACUAUCACAAAUCAUAAAAACAGUCGUUGAUCAUCCAGGUAACGACACACAGUAUUAAUAAUCAAGCGUGUGUAAACUUUUGAACUGGUUCAUUUGUGUAAAUUCAGUUAUUAUUGUGUCUUGUGUAUUAGAUGUAAACAUCUGUUAUGUGAAAUAGCAUAUUCAGGGCAGGACUAAAUAAACAAAACAAAAUGCAUUUUUUUAAUGAUCCCUCUUUUUUUUUUUUUUUUAAUGAUUAAUAUUUAGCUGAUUCUGCAAAGCGUAUGUGAACUUAUGACCUCACGUGUCAAUAAUGUGAUGUUGGACCUAAUUAUAAUUCAAAUGAUUAUAAUAUAAUGCUAAAAAUGUGUUCAGUGAGUGGGGAAAAAUGAUCUAUGGCUCCAUUACAUUUAAUUAAUGAGGCUAAUGGUGAAAUAUUUGCAUUAUGUUUGUAAAGUAAUUGUGAAGCAUGUGGUGUGUGGAAUUUAUUUUACAGUUAAUCUAUCUGUUCUCCACAAGGUGGCGCUCUUUGUCAAGUAGCCUUUGUGUGUUUUUGUUAAAAAAAAAAAGAGUAAAUUAUCGCUUCUGUGCCUUUUGCCUAAGAUCAAAUGUGAAAAUGAGGAAACUUGCCAUGAACCUGCACCAGCAGGAAUUGAGAGAGGCAAAUACAGAGAGUAAAAAGCUGCAUAAAGUGUCUUGGUAAGGUUGAGGACCACAAUGAGCUGUCAGAACAGCUUCAGAUCACAUUAGUACGGAUUCUACAUGUCUCUGGAACUGUGCUGCAUGAACACUAAAUUUAAUGACGGUGGUAGAGAGUGCUGUCUACCAUGUCACUCCAAAAUCUCCCAUAAGUGCUCAGUUAGGUUGAGAUCCGGUGACUGUGAAGGCUGUAGCAUAUAUUUCAUAUCAUCUUCAUCCUCAUCAAACCAUUCAGUGAGCUCUAGUGCCCUUCAGAGGUGGGUGGAGUCAGCCUGGAAGAUGCCACGCCCAUCAGGAUCGAAAUGUUUCAUCAUGAGAUAAAGCUGAUCGGUCAGAAGAACUUUGUACUGAUUUGCUGUAAGUGGACAAGCGAAGGCAGGUUCUGUCUGCAGAAUAACACACAGCCUUACAGAGACGGGUGGACGCUAAAAGGUUGUAAAUAUGGACUCAGAAUUAUUUGUUAGUUAAUUAAUAGUGUGGUAAAAAGGAAUUAAUUGGUUUCCUGUGUAAUAUUGCUGGAAAGGCUAGAAUGUGUAUGAUGAGUGGAAGAUGCAGACUCAAACAUCAACAGUGACCUGUUAUAAGCUACCCAUGUGAGUUCAUGGACAAAGGAUGAGGGCUGUGGCAAGAAAAUGAGCCCGGAGGAAGGCGUACUCCUAGCUCUAAAAAAUAAACAUAUAAAAGCAGUACGUGACUACAGCUCAGAAAUCACCGCAGCUGUUUAUGACACUGUUCAUUUGUAAAACACCCAACUGAACACUCUAAUCCCAUAUUUGGAUAAAAUCAAUUCUUGCAUACCAAUUGUACACCUGUACCAAUAUGAUGGAUCAGGCUGGUUCUUCAAAUUUGGCCCUGGAGGUCCACUGUCCUGUAGCGUUUAGCUCCAACCCUAAUCAAACACACCUGAACAAGCUAAGCAAGGUCUUCAGGAUGACAUUUCUCAAAAUGCAUGAAUAAAGUAGGCUUUUCCUCAGAUUUCUACUAGCCCUAGCUCUGUAAACAGUGGACUCUCAAAGUUUUUACAGCAGAUUGCUACUAUAGAACACUUAUUUCUGUGAAAAUUUCAGCUUCGUAUCUGGUCCCCAAGCAGAGAUAUUCAACCCGAAAGUGAGGGGAAUUUUUUUUUUUUAAUUGCACUUUCUUGUCCCCAUUAAAAAAAAGAGAGAGGGAGAAGUCUCAAAGCUGAAAUGUUCUUCAUGCACACUAUAUUUACCUAGGUACCCCCUAAAAAAAUUCAAACUGAGACUCAAACCCUUCCCAUUAUAAAUUGACUCUAAAUGUGGAACUGUGAGCAAUCUUAAGCAUUACAUUUGGACUUAAGUUCUAUGUCUAAGGAUCAAGAAUAUGCGAACUGUUCAUGUACCUUGUAAGGUGCUCUAGAGAUCAGUUAUUUAUCCAAGGAGCGGCAGUAGGACCAUCCUGAGCCGAGAUCCUGAGGUUUCCGAAACAGCUGUAUAAGCAAUAUUUGUUGUGUGCCAUGAAACAAAGAUGGCUGUCGUAGUUAAACUAGUGGUUUUGUAAAACGGUCAAGGAACCAACUUUGCAAUUAUUGAACCACUUGAGAUGGACUGACACUGGGGUUAAUAUUGAAUAAUAUAUAUUGUUUUGUAAUAUAUUUAUUUUGUAUAUAAAUAUACAAUUAAAUGUAUAACAAUCUUUAAAAAAAAAAGUCAGAAAUAAUUUUUAGUUGAUACCAGUGGCAUCUAACAAGCCCAGGAUCCCUGGUUCGACCCUGAGCUCGGGGCACUGUCUGUGCAGAUGUUCUCUCUGUGUCUGCAAGCAUUUCUCCUGGGUUCUCCAGUCCGCUCCCCCAAAACAUGCAGGUCCGUGUAUUGUUGACUCUAAAUAUUAUCCCUAGGUGUGAAUGUGUGUGAAUGAUGCCCUUUGUUGGACUGGAGUCCCAUUCAGGUUGAAUUUCCGCCUCACGCCCAGUAUUCCCAGGACCGGUGCCGGCUUCAGUACUAUCCUGACCAGGACCAUGUCAAGGAAUGACCCAGGUACAUUAGUCUCUUAGCUCAAAUACACAACUUUUCAAUUCCUUUAAUGUCAAGCAUUACAAGUUCAUGACAAUGCCCUAAUAUAACAA